ACUCGGAAGUAAACAAUAAGCCCAUGCAGCAUCAAUAUGGCUGUGGACAGAAAAGUAUGAAAUUUGUCACAAGAUAACAAACAUUAUCUACCGUUAUAUAUUUUUUUAAGGACUGUAAGUGGCAGAAAGUGUGAAAACCACAAUUGUCUCGCAUUGACGACAAACACACAACUUUGGCGGCAGGAUGAGUAAUAUUUACAUUCAAGAACCACCAUCAAAUGGAAAGGUCCUGUUGAAGACCUCAGCAGGAGACAUCGAUAUUGAGUUGUGGUCCAAGGAGGCUCCGAAAGCAUGUAGGAACUUUGUGCAACUGUGCAUGGAAGGCUACUAUGACGGCACAAUAUUCCACAGAGUUGUGCGUGACUUCAUUGUCCAGGGUGGAGAUCCCACUGGAACAGGGGCGGGUGGAGAGUCCAUCUACGGCCGGACGUUCAAGGAUGAAUUUCACUCCAGAUUGCGCUUCAAUCGGAGAGGUUUGGUUGCCAUGGCAAAUGCUGGACCACAUGAUAACGGCAGUCAGUUUUUCUUCACUUUGGGACGUGCGGAUGAGCUCAACAACAAACACACCAUAUUCGGAAAGGUCACAGGAGACACAGUUUAUAAUAUGCUCAGAUUAGCAGAAGUUGAAUGUGACGAUGAUGAAAGACCUCUGAACCCCCACAAGAUAAAAACUGCUGAGGUGCUGCAUUCUCCUUUUGACGACAUCAUACCUCGUGAAAUAAAGAAAGCCAAAAAGGACAAAGAUAAAGAAGAGGGAAAGAAAUCACAGUCAAAAGCCACAAAGAACUUCAGUCUGUUAUCAUUUGGAGAGGAAGCCGAAGAGGAAGAAGAGAUGGUGAAUCAAGUCAGCCAGACACUAAAAGGAAAAAGCAAAAGCAGUCACGACCUUCUGAAAGAUGAUCCCAGACUGAGCUCCGUUCCAGCAGUUGAUAAGAAAAAAAAGAAACAGACAUCUGGAGAUGCAGAUGAGACGGACGACGAGGCCGACGACGACGUCGAAGAUGACAUGGACGCAGAUGAAGAGUACGACUCGGAUAAGAAAGAGAAGAUGAGGGAGCUCAUCAGUAAAAAGCUAAAGAAGGAAAAAGGCACGGAGAGAGCGACGGAGGCCGGUGAGGAGGAACGAGGGAAAAAGAAAAGCCGCAGCGAUGAAUUACGGAAAGAGGCGCGGCAGUUGAAGAAGGAACUACAAGCCAUAAAGCAAAGGAAAGAAGAAAGUUCGAAACCUGCAGUAGAAGAAGUCAAAGAGGAGGAUAAAAAGCCGACCAACGAGGCCGUGGCGGAGUAUCUGGAGGGACGAAAGAAAUACGAAGAGAUGAGGAAACAAAAAAAAAAGAAAGGUUCGACCAGAGAAGAGCAGACGCUGGCCCUCCUCAACAGCUUCAGGUCCAAGCUGUCGUCGGCCAUCACUGAAGGUCCGGAGGAGGACGUAGAGGAGCUGGCGGAGGACGACGACAAGGGAUGGAUGGGCCAUGUUCUGCAGUUUGAUGAGCAAACCAGAAAAGUCAAGGAUGCCAACAUGCAGGACGAGGACACUUUCGAGAUCUACGACCCACGCAACCCCGUCAACAAACGGAGGAGAGAGGAGAGCAAGAAGAUCAUGAAGGAGAAGAAGGCCAAGAGGUGAGGUCGCCAAUGUCGAAGGUCGGGUCCUGCCCGAGCCAUGUGACCCGAGGAGCUGGUCAUACAGCAAUCCCGCCUGUCCGCUUUACCGCCUACUUCAAACCCGCUUUGUUGAACAAUCUCCUGGCUCGAACAUCUGGAUUGAGGAUGCUGACCUGAGCGCAUAUCAUCCCUUUAAUCUGUGACGGAAAGGCUUCUUCAGUUGGAACAGCUGUAACCAGACGACGCUCAGCUGCUCAUCAACAUUAAGACUGUGGUAAAAUAACGAUUUAAGGUCGUGAUCUGAUUAGUUGUAAUGUUGUUAAGUGGUUUUUUUUUUAUGCCAGCGGUUUCUGUUGUCUAGAGCGUAAAUGUGAACGUUAGACUUUGCCAAGAAAAUAAAUUACAUUUGUUAACAAGCUGUAAUGACUAUUUGAUUCUGUUCUAUUUCAUCUUAAAUAAAUGUCGAGUGACAACUAACGAUUA